ACAAAGAUACAUGGGUUUUAUUAAAGAAUAGAAUGAAAGUCUAGCCAGUAUGUGCAACAAACAAUCUCUUGUACAAUGGGUGGGAAACGUUUUGGGAAGAACAUGAUCUUCGAAUAGGGUGCAGGGUUAUAUUUGGAGCAGAAAAUAAAUGGAUUUUCUAUAUUAUUGUUCUAGAUGAAAAUUUGGAGAGAGUUUACUAUGAUUGGCCAAUGAUUGACGAACAAAUGGCCACACUAAUUGUUCCAUUUGACCAUUUGAUAACAUCAUGUAUCCCGUCUACUUUCAUCAAUGAGCGGUAUAUGUUUCAGUUUGCAUUUGUGAAUGAGUUGAGAACCAAUGUUAAUCAGGUGUUUACCCGUCGUUUUGAGGGAUUGAUGUUAAAUAGAGGUGUUAAUGACAUAUAUUUCUACAUGCGCGAAAGACAAUGGAUUGUUCCUGUUAUUGACCAUCAAUUUCAUGUGGCUUUUCUUGAUCAGUUCGUGAAAUCAUUACAAUUGGCGUCAUUGGAUUUAGUCUUAGUGUUUUAG